AUCAUCAGAUCGGGAGAUGGAAAAGGAAACGAAUUUUGGCUGUGGGAUCGUUCCUCUGUUGGUUAAUCAUCAUGUUCAUUACUCCCAAAGUUCCUCUCGAUUCCUUUCGUCAUCAUAUCUUCGCCGAUAAACGCAAUUUCAUGGGAGUGCCUAAUACAUUGAAUGUGAUGACCAACUUUCCCUUUCUUAUUAUUGGUGUUCUUGGUUUUGUUCUUUGCAUUGGAGGAAGCUUCUUCAAUAUAAGUUUAAAAGGUGAGAUCUGGGGAUGGACACUGUUCUACGCAGGCAUUGCAAGCUUGGCCUUUGGUUCUGCCUUUUAUCAUCUCAAACCUGAUGACAACAGAAUCGUCUGGGACACUUUGCCUAUAUUGAUUGCGUAUUCGUCGCUUUUCUCUAGUUUUUUGGUUGAGAGAGCGGGGGAGAUAGUGGGACUAAGUUGCCUCAUCGUGCUUCUAUUCAUAUCAUUUUUCAGCGUUGCUUACGCCAGAGUGUUUAAUGAUCUCCGGUUAUGCAUGACGUUCCAGUUGAUUCCAUGUCUGGCGAUUCCCGUCAUGACGGUUUUGUUACCUCCCAAAUAUUCUCACUCUAGAUUCUGGCUCUGGGCAACAGCGGCGUACACUAUUGCCAGGAUUGAGGGGCUUGCAGACAACAAAAUAUACAAUGCAAAUCGAUAUAUCAUCAGUGGGCAUUCACUAGAGCAUUUGUGUUCAGCCGCGGCUACGCUUUUACUUACCAUUAUGCUUUUGUAUAGAAGCAUACGGUUAAAUAGAUUAGGUGAUCUCAAAGGCCAUCCUUGACAUUCAUUACUGACUCCUCAAGGCUUCUUUUGUAUUCAGAUGCUUAUGGAUUCUUGUAAUACAGAUUUUGUUGGGUUGCUAAAUAGAUUUUUGACCCAUGAUCCCACUAAAACAUCGUUAGUUCAGUGUAAUCUUGGUUUCUGGUUUAGAACCUGCUUUGGCAUUGCUUUGGCUUUAAGUUUAGUUUUUCAAGUCUUUUGUGUUUGUACAAUGGACAACUUUGGACUUGUAGUAGCUAAGAAGAAAUCAAAAGAAUAAUCAUAA